AUGCGGCAGUGGCACAACUUCCCAGGAGAUAUACUAAGUAUGAGUUCAAAACUCAAGAAGGAAAGAUUUCGGUUCAGUCUUAUAUUGGGUGAGUUGAAGCAAUCGACUGCAGUUCCCUAUAAGACGACGUUGGUGGCGUUUAUCAACUGCGUCCUCGCGGCCACAGAGCCGCUGCAUGACCGGAUUAGAAUACGAAACGAACUCGUUGGGCUGAAACUGUUGGAUGUUCUGUCGGAUCUGAGAAAAUCUGAGACCGAAGAUGGCGAUCUUAUCGAACAGUUGGAAUAUUUUGACGAGACUAAAGUAAAUGAUGAGGAGCAAUUCAGCGUACCACAGGGGGUCGAUCUCAACAACCCCGUAGAUGUCUUCAAUACAAUAUUCGAACAGGUGUGUGAUACCCCACACGUGACGCCGUUCCUGACCAUCCUACAGCAUCUGCUUCAGAUCGAGCCUACGAAUCCACUAAGCGAUACCGUGUGGGACGCUGCGGAGAAACUGGUCCACAAAGCAGUCCUCUUGGAGAACAAGGAUCAGUUCGAGAAACUUCUCAAGGUUGGAGAGAGGGAGCUCGUCAAGACUGUCGCUUCCUACAAGAAGUCGAAGACCGGUGGGAGCAGAAAGUCUAGUGGUGAGGAGAGUAACGUGGUGGGAUCUCAUGGGUCGAGUGGAGACACUACCAUGCCCCCUCUUGAAAACAGGAAAAGGACUGGUACAGCAUCAGCAACAGAGAGAAUGUCUGGAAGUCUAGACCAAAGUGCAAUAAUCUCACCGGAGAGCAGUAGGAUGGGAAUACAUAAUGACAGUCAAUGUAGGGUCAAUGAAGAUGCGGUUAAUGGGGACUUUGGUAAGAGGAACUCACAGAUGGAGUCAUGCCCCGCUCCUCCGCCUCCUCCUCCCCCACCCGCACCACCGUCACUAGGGGGUGCCCCACCGCCUCCUCCUCCUCCUCUACCACCCGGGGUAGGUCCACCACCACCCCCACCGCCUCCCCCUGGUGGGGUGCCUCCACCCCCACCGGGUGGGAUGGGACUAUCGAGCUAUCACUCAGCACCAUCUAUACCAAGCUCAUCGGCGAUACCCAGUGUCAAACCCAAAAUGAGAAUGAGGACUCUGAAUUGGAGUAAGCUAGCACCGCACAAAGUGAUGAACGGGAACAGCAUAUGGGCCAAAGUCAACGAGAUGCAGAAUGGAAUCAUUGUGGAUUGGGACGUGGCGGAGGAGCUAUUUUGCCAGCAGAUGAAGAACAAGACGCAAAUAGAUGGCAAGGAGGAAAAGACGCAGAAGAAGAAAGAUUCAAUGGAAAUGAUCAAUCUUCUUGAUGGAAGACGGAGUCUGAAUGUCAACAUUUUCUUGAGACAGUUUAAAAGCACAAAUGAAGUAAUCGUGAAGCUUAUCAAACAAGGAAAGAGCGAAGCCAUCGGAGCCGAGAAACUCAAGAGUCUACUCAAGAUUCUCCCGGAAUCCGAAGAGGUUGAGAUGCUAAACACUUUCAACGGAGACAGGUCAAGACUGGGACCUGCUGAGAAAUUCUACACUCUGGUCAUCAAUAUUCCUUUUUAUAAACUACGAGUAGAGAGUAUGCUCUUGAGGGAGGAAUUUGCAUCUAACAUGGACUACCUUAUCCCAUCCAUUGGAUGUAUCAUCGAAGCAUGCAAAGAAAUUCUGUCCAGCUCAUCUUUGAGAGAAAUUCUUUAUCUGGUUCUCCUGACUGGCAAUUUCCUUAACACUGGUGGCUAUGCUGGAAACGCUGUCGGUUUCAAAGUGUCUUCUUUGUUGAAAUUAGUGGAGACAAGAGCCAACAAACCACGAAUGAAUCUGAUGCACUAUGUUGCCACUCAAGCACAACAGAAGGACAAGAAUUUACUCAACUUCCCAGACGAGUUGACCCAUCUAGAAGAAGCUUCCAGGUUUUCCAUAGAUCAGCUUGCUGCCGACAUUAAGGUGCUAGAUGAGAAAGUGUCUGUGAUUGCGUCUCAGAUGGCAGAGGACAAUGAAGACAUUGCAGAAGUCAAGGAUCAGAUCCAAGUCUUCCUUAAGACUGCCCGUGAUGACACAGACGAAGUCCGGGAGAUGUUAGCCUUUGUUGAGAGGAUGCGAGUCAGCAUUGCAGAGUACUUCUGUGAAGACAGCACAACCUUUAAACUAGAGGAAUGUAUCACAACCUUCAAGAUAUUCUGCCAGAAAUUUAAGAAGGCCGUUUCGGAAAACGAAACAUGGCGGAUUCAAGAUCUCAAGUCAGAGCAGAGAAGGAAACAACGAGAGGAGCAGAAGUCCCACAAGAGGAAAGAUGGCAAGCCCAAAAUCACAAGAAGUGCGAGCCUACCUGGCGGGAAGGAGUCCAGCUCCAUCGUGGACAAACUUCUUGGAAAGAUCGGGAUCUCAUCCCGUAAGGCCAAGCCAGAGAUAGAUGUAGAAGACACCCGGCCGAAGUCUCCUUGCAGCCCUCUGGAAGGCGACCCAAGCUCCCCCUUAGUCAGGGCCUCUUCACUCAGAAGAUCAAAGCAGAAGUUUGAGCAGAAUCUGAAUGCGAUUACCGAGAGCGCGGCUGAGGCGGUAAGUGCCGCCCCUAAAGUAGUCGUUGACGACAGUGACAGUGGCUUCAACAGUACGGGUACUUGGAGCUCAACAAGUAGCAAGGAAGACUCUCCUGGAAACACACUCGUGGUAAAGCGACAGAGAUCACAAGCACCACGCCCUCUAUCGGCAGAUGAUGAUUCACUCUUCGACAUGCUGGCCCAGGGAAACGACAGCGAGGCCCUUGCGCAGUUUGAGAGCCUGAAGAGAGAUGGAAGCAUUAGGAGGAGCGGUAGACGCAACAGGAAGAGCAUCGACUUGACCUCGAUUGACACAAGAGAACGUUGUGAUUCGCCGAGUCACUCCCCACCACAGUCUAGACGCGAUGUUCCAAAUGCGGAUACUGUAGAAACUGAGCAACAAUCUGCUAGUCUUAGGAAAGUGGCCACUCAGCUUGCAGUAACCAAGGAGAGGGAGCGAAUCAGAGAGCUCAUGAGGGAAGACGGUGCGCGAAACCCCAUGGCGCCUCUGAAAAUCACUAGGAGAGCAAGAAGUGAGAUAUCACACUCUGACGUGGAUUAUGUUUUGAAUAACUCCGGUUUGGAAAGCAGAACUGAUAAAGCCAGUGCCGAAAUAAAAAAGGACCGCCUUGCCAAGUAUGGUCAAUUAAUGGUGGAUAGUGAAUCACAAGAGGUGAAACAAAUGGACAAUGUAGCAACGGACAUCAAACAGGAAGUAAACUCUGACCAGUCACCUCUCACUAGAGUUGAGGCUCCUGAAUUGAAAGAUAUGGAACUCAACGGAACAGUGCGAGGAGAUAAAACCGAAACAAACGAUGCUAAAUCUAAUAGCAGUACAAACAGUUCUACGGACGGUGUUCCUGCGCGAAGGAAACUUCUAAGGCGGAGCCAAAGUGAGUUGAAUACCACGGACGUCCGGAGGGCUGCCAUGGAAAUUCGGAAAGCCACGAGACAGGUUGAGAGCCUUCUCGCGUCAACUACUGAGUCGACCUUGCCAGGCGAAGGUGACGAUGGUGAAAUCUCAGUGGAAGAUAAAGUCUCCAACUGGCAGAGCAGAGUCCAAGCGGUUGAUGUUGAAGCUGCUCUGGAUACCGUCGAGUCACACUUGACAUCCCGGGAGAUAAAUCGUUCCAGGGAUGACCCGAAUGUCAAAGAGGUUAACCAAAAGCAGCGAUACUCACGAUGGAGGACGAAUAGCUUCACGUGGGACACUCCGAAGCAUAAAGAGGAACGGACUCAGAGGAGGAAAGCUGCCGAAAUCUACGAGGACCACGGAAGUACCGUCUUCCUCGACAGACCGAUCGAAGCCGGACUUGCCAACGGCUUAGAGAGCUACGCCGAGUCAUACAGCCUAAAGAUUCACCAGGAGCGACGGGCAAUCGAGAAAAUCAUGGCUGGUGUGGACGAAACGGACGACGGGCUUGGCUCCCCAAGAAAAACAUCUGCAGACUCUUCUCGCAUGAAGGGCUUGGAGGCUAUCCGUGCCAAGUACAGGGAGAAGAAAGCUCUUGCCGAGGCCUUCAACGAGGACGAGAUGUGGGCAACGAUUGAUCAACAACAAGUUGAGAUUCGACGCGAUAUACUCGACAUGAAGGUGUCAUCUCCAGACGACAUGCGCGUGGAGGACAUCGGGGAUGACAAAAGCGAAGAGAGGGAAAUAUCAGAUAGCCAAGAAACUGAGACAGUGUAUAAAAUAACAGACGAGGACAUGUAUUUUCUGAAAGAUCAGCCUAAGAAGCGUAAUGCUGUGGCCAGGUCACAAUCAGAAAAGAUAUCCGUCUCUAAAAGACCACAAUAUCCUGGCAAAGCUCAGAAAGUUGGUCUGAAAUCCAGACCAGUUCCCAAUGAUGAAAACGCGAACGAAAUUCCAUCAUCACCUCACAAAUCUCCUCCCAGUAGAGCUUCACCCAAAAGUACACCUUCAAAGACUCUCCCAUCAUCCCGUACGGUGCCUCGGACGAAUAUUGGUGUAACACCGAAGCCAGGAAACACAACUCAGAGAAGCUCACCAACUAAAACUCGUCCAUCACCUAAAACGAGUGCUACCGAGUCUCUUGCCAGAACAAGCCCACGGGCGAAGACUAACACACGCACUUCCACAUCGUCCCCGUCCUCCUCAAUGGCCGGGAGAGCCUUGCUUCGGACGGCACGUCGUGCCAGUGCUGAGUCUCUCCCCGUCACGGAGAGUUCUGACUCUAAAUCCGACAUCCGACAGAGACGCGAAUCAUCUCAGAGCAACUCGUCGACACUCUCGACUGCUAGUCACUCUUCUCUCAGCUCAUCCGGAUACGGAAGACAGAAAAAAGCGUCACCGAGUGGGUUGGUCUCAUCAACGAGAGUCAGUCGAUCCAACUCGGCCGCGUCUUCCUGCAGUACUGACUCGGACCGCAAACCGCGUGCUUCCAGUCUAAGAUCCAACGCGUCUAACAGCAGCUUCAGAAGCACUGCUAGCACGAGGACGCUCCCACCAACAACAAGGUCUCCUAACUCCAGUGUGGCAGCGAGAUCUAAUACAACCAAAUCCACGGUGUCGAGAACAAGUCCGUUUAAUCGGUCUGCCCCUGAACGCCGAACGCUGCCCGCGUCCAACAGAGUGCCGUCAAGCACUGGACCGAGAUCCUCUGUGCGUGCUGGAGCUGCUAAGACAAAUAAACCAGUGACGAAAACAAUCGUUAAAAAGACAAAGUCUGUCGGUGAAACCCCUACUGAGCGAAAACAGAAAACUGACUAUUUGAGUAAUGACAGGGAAAAUGCCAGUACAGAUUCGAAAGACAGUAGCUCAAGUGCAUCACCUAAACACGCUGAGCGAUCCAAUGUCAGAUCAGCUGCGUCAGUAGUGAGUGCCAGGGUAACAGUUCAAAAGUCUGCGAGCUUCCAAGCGAAGUCAUCACCAGCGAGGAAACCAAUAUGGUUGCCGAAGAAUCAUGCAACUCCACGGUCGGGAACCCGAUCACCUGGAAGCGUGCAUGCCUCAGCAGCCCCUAAAAACCCUCUGAAGAUGGGGUCGGCCAGCUUUGGCCUUAUUGAUAUGGAUGAUUCCAGGACAACUCCGCAAAAAGGAAUGAAGGGAAGCAAGACUCACACCGUUGACCCGAGCAUGGUCGCUGUUGAUCUUGACCAGGACGCAAGCGCUGACUCCAACGGGUCUUUUGGCGGUUCUGUUCGCUCAGGGGAAACGCCUGAAAACGGCGAUUCGGCCCACGAGCAGCAGGACUCCGCCUAUGAUUUACCUGUUCAGGUACCGCGUACCUCAUCGCUCUACUCCGGUCUAAAUCUCAGUUCCAAGCUCACCGUCUCCCGAGACUCCAUGGACGACACUUCCUCAUUGGGGUCGUUCGACCGUGGAUCAACACUUUCACUCCCACCAGAAGCUCGAAAGCGUGGCUUGCCCGAGGACCUUGCGAAGAAAUCCAGCAAAAACACCCUUAGUAAAAUAAUGCACAAGCUGGGUCGUAAACCUAACACAAGUCAAGAUUCGUUGCAGGAAAUCGGCGCUGCAAACAGCAACUCCUCCUUGAAUGAACUCGGAAAGUCUUCAAAUAAAGUGAAACGGACCGUGUCUCUCGGUAGGAAAUCAGCCUCUAGUGGUGCCAAGGCCACCGCAACAGCUCCCUCUACCGCUGAAAAGAGUCCAAAGAAAGCCAAUAAGCCGACCUUCAGAUGAGCGUUGAACUAGGUAAAAUGUCGCUCGUGUUGAGUAUGUCGUAACCGGCAUUUCGUUUUAGGGGAGAGCAGGCCGAUGAGUAUCGAAAGGGCAGCUGAAGUGACUUGGGGCGCAUCGUUGAGGUGUGCUCUGCUUGACCUUCGCAGGCUGUGCAGCUGCUCUGUCUCUACAGUCGAUUCUCUAUGCUGGACAGAUUCCAUGCAUUGUUGGAUGUUCAACGUAGAAGACUCAGUAUGCCCUUGUAUAUGUACAUGGACUUCCAAAACUGUGCUUAUCAGAAUAAGGUUACCAGCCAAACUACAUGUCACAUGAACAAUCUGCUUAGCAGAAUCAUGUCGAGCAACAUUUUCUGCUUAAGCAGCUCUAUGAAAUUGUGCCCUCAAAGUCUUCACCUGCUGUAAUCUGCAUAUGUUGUGCUACUGCGCUGCCAAGAUUAUGCGAAGCAGUCGACCAUUUAUAUGAAGCAGGGACAACAGCAGGCUGAUCGUGACUUGUGUUGGGACGGGGUUAGCACGUCUCCCCUGUCUUCCUAGUUUCUGUAAGUUCAUGCAUCAACUAAUACUUAAAGUAUUGUCCACCGGGCUCACUUUCAGGUCUUAUGGAAGAAUUUCAGAACCCGAAAACAAAAAAAGAACAAACAGACGUUUUCAACAAAAUGUCAACUUGAAUGGAAGUACACAUUAACAAUGCACUCUCUUCAUAAAAUUUUUAGACGUUCAAAAAGAGCACCUUGAAUACUUUGAAAAUGCCACUGAAAGUCACACAUUUCCAUUGGAAUACAGUCGAUUUUUAUCAAUACACGGAACUUUUCAGAUCAGAAAACUCCAAAACCUUUUAAAGACAUUGGACACGUAAUUGUCAAAGAGCAGUCUUCCCACUUGGUGUAUCUCAACAUAUGCAUGAAAUA